CCAGGCAGCCCGCCCACCCCUAGUUCCAACAUGGCGGUCGAGUGUGCGGGGGAGCGCUGGCGGGCUCUCGCUAGUGUUAGUUAAGCAGUUUGAUGUGCUCUCGGAUUACUUACCUGACUCCUCCACCAUGCAGAAGGAGAACAGUCACCCACCAGACAACCAUCAGUAUGUCGGGCCCUACAGACUGGAGAAGACUCUGGGCAAAGGGCAGACUGGUCUGGUGAAGCUCGGGGUGCAGUGUGUGUCCGGGAAGAGAGUAGCGAUUAAAAUUAUCAACAGAGAGAAAUUAACUGAAUCCGUGUUACAAAAGGUUGAAAGAGAAAUAGCUAUUAUGAAAUUGAUCGAACAUCCACACGUGCUGGGCCUCUACGAUGUUUAUGAGAACAAAAAAUACUUGUACCUGGUGCUUGAACACGUCUCUGGUGGGGAGCUCUUCGACUACCUCGUCAAGAAGGGCAGAUUAACGCCAAAGGAGGCGCGCAGAUUCUUCAGACAAAUUAUAUCAGCCUUAGAUUUUUGUCAUAGUCAUUCUAUAUGCCACCGGGACCUCAAGCCAGAGAACCUUCUGCUGGACGAGAAGAACAGCAUCAGGAUUGCCGACUUUGGUAUGGCCUCUCUCCAGCCUGAAGGGUCUAUGCUUGAGACAUCGUGUGGCUCCCCGCACUACGCUUGUCCGGAGUGUGUUCAUCCUACAAAUUAAUACCUAUAUCCUAAUGAACACACAGGUACACGCAGUGGUGUGUUCUCCAUAGUGGUGAUCCUGUACGCCCUGCUGGUGGGAGCGCUGCCCUUCGACGACGACAACCUACGGCAGCUACUGGAGAAGGUGAAGCGCGGCGUGUUCCACAUCCCUCACUUCGUCCCUCCAGACUGUCAGGACCUGCUGAGGGGCAUGAUCGAGGUGAACCCUGAGAAGAGAUUCACGCUGGAGGAGAUCAACAAGCAUCCGUGGGUGAUCGCUGGAGGGAAGGGAGAGCUGGAGUUGGAGAAGCCCAUGAUGGAGGUGGUACAGACCCACAUCAUCCCCACCAAGGACAGCAUCGACCCCGACGUCAUCCGGAACAUGGCCUCCCUCGGCUGCUUCAAGGACAAGGAUAAGGUCAUGUUGGAUCUCCUUGACCCAUGCCACAACACAGAGAAGGUCAUCUACUUCCUCCUGUUGGACCGAAAGAGACGGAAACCAGCGUGUGAGGACGAGAACGAGAUCAUCCACCGGUACCGAUCAGAGUCAGCCGACCCGCCACGCAAGAGGGUAGAUACCUGCUCCGUCAACGGCACCAUGUCCCACUUCGAGCGGCUGGCAGAAGGCUCUCCCAUCAGCCCGCGCCGCAACCUCUCUCAUCAGUCGUCGCACACGCUGCCAUGUAGUCGUCGCCGUUCUGGUAACAACAACAGCGGGUCACACUCUCCUCUUCACUCCAACAACGUGACGCCCACCGCCUCCCCGCUCUCCUCGCCACGCACCUCCCGCCACCACCACUCCCAGCCGCACUACCAUCAUCACCACAGUAGCACCACCAGCAGCACCAGCACCAGCGGGGUCAGCACCGUGGUCAGCAGCACCAGCAGUCACCAGCAGUCGGGCACAAUAACUUCAGGUGAUGACAGUAACCCGCCGUCAGCACCUGGCUCCCCUUAUUCGGCGCCUUACUGGAAGUCUCGCCUCAACACUAUUAAGAAUUCUUUCCUAGGUUCCCCGCGCUUCCACAGGAGGAAAUUACAAGUUCCGACAGACGAGGUACAUUUAACGCCGGAGUCGUCGCCGGAACUGACGAAGAAAUCAUGGUUUGGGUCGCUAAUGAGCACGGAGCGUGACGAGACCUACACAAUCUUGGUAAAAGACAAGGCCUUGGCUACUGUCAAGGCUGACCUCAUCCACGCCUUCCUCUCGGUGGCAGAGUUAAGUCACAGCGUCACGUCACCGAUGAGUUUCCGGGUAGAAUAUAAGCGGGGCAGCACGGGUCCAGCCAUGUUCCAAAGACACGUGAGGUUCCAAGUGGACAUCACGCCGGUGUGUUCCCCUAAUGACCCCAACCCACUCUACGCCAUUAACUUCAUCCUCCUCUCUGGGAACAUCCGACGUUUCCGGCGAAUAUGUGAGCACAUCCAGGCUCAGGUGUGCAGCCGACGGCCGCCAGCCUCCCCGAGGGUAGGACGCAAGUUUACUACAGAACUGUCUGAGUCUUCCUCCUGUGGCUCUGAUACCUCCGAGAGACUCUCACCCUUCCCUCCAGGAAAACAGACUGAGAGCGACGUAGAGAGCGACGUGUCCCAGUCAGAGGGCAAGAACCUGUCUAGUGGUCGGGGCGGCACGGAUUCUCCUCAACCCAAUGUGUCCAAUGGGCGUAGCACCUCGGACCCUGAGACGCAACAGCUGGGGUCGUCAGAGCUGGCCACGUAGUCCAGGGCGGGCCGGGCCCCUACUGGUAGCGACGCCAGCACCAGCGCCCUACUGCCACCACCCUUCCUGCCAGGCGGCCCCUGUGACCAGGCCCCGCGUUCCGUCGAGAAGAACAUUUGCUCAUCAGGACAGAAUAACAUUAGGGAUGCAUAAUGCUAUGGCAAACGGCUAGAAUAUGAUUGCCAACGUGAUUAGAUAAAACUUGUCCAUAUACUUAUGUAUGGUAAGCAAAUAAACUUUGAAAUUACUUGUUUUUACCCCUAAGGACGAAUGAACUAGAUAGUGCUUGCUGGUAUGAUCAGUGUCGUGUUUUGUCCAGGGAUGGUUUAAUCUGAAAAUGCGAAAAGAUACUUUUAGCUUCAAGUUUUCUUGUCGAUAGGCUUCCUAACAUCUUCUGAUAUUGGUGGAGUAAGGUACUGUGACUUCUUGCUUGCAACUACGUUAUUCUACUCAUUUUAUACUAUAUUUAGAAAGAGUGUUUUAUAGGGUAUAGCCAAAGCGACGAAACCUACAACCAUUUAUUAUUUCCCAUGCAAGUUCGUAGCAUGCCAAAAGGUUAUUUGUCUCUGCAACAAGUGACAGUGGAACGCUUCACCAAAUUGAAAUCGUCCGUAGAGAGUGCUGACCUGAGAAUGACAAAGUCAGCACGCUUGCAACAGCAAAAAAAACUGAUCUUUCUCUUUUCUCAGGCAAAGUCCUGUUUAACGCAGUGUUUGUGUACUUGGGACUGUACGUGAGGACGGGAGUGAGACAGAGUCACCACUGUACUGGCUCUGUGUUGGCCAGCCUUACCAACACUGUGUUGUUCUCACUACCUACAUUACCCUGUAUUUACUCAGAAAGAAUUACAUUGUUAUGUAGUUUUAUUCAUGAAGAAAAACCAGAUGAGAAGUGAGGUACAAACUGGUGUUUGUGAAAGGUGGCCACAAACCCAGGGAUUAAAGAGCAGUACCGGGAGCCCUAACUUCAUCAACUGAUCAGUCAUCCUCCAUCACUACCACACCUCAACCGUGAUAUCAACCCAACUUCUUUAAAUAUAUUCAAGAACUAUUUCUUCCGACUCAAUAUGUAUGUAAUCAGUGAACUUUAGUCUUGGUAUGACCUUCUGGUAAUCCUCUGUUGUUUUUGUUCUUGUUCAUGAUGAAUUUGUACACAAAUAUAUCAUUAUAGUAUAAGGUUUGAGUUGACUACAGCUAUCAAGAGUAAUGGUGAACCCCUUGUGGAGUGAACCUACCAGUAAUGUACCAACACUGUGCAGUGUGAAUCUGACAGUAACAUUUGUGUGUCUGACAUUUGCUUAACCAUUUUCCUCCUCAUAACGGCCAUAAAUGGUAAACUUAGGCACAUGUAGUGUGGUAGAACACUGACAGUUAGAACACUCAUCAAUCACCAUUCAGGAUUAUUAUCUUGUAAACCUUGGUGCUUGGCCUUGCAUACUAGACAGUUGUUCAUAUCGUUCCAAAAUUGGCAUCAGUUGUUGCACAUCGUUAACUGUUCAAUAACUUUCCAGAAAAUGUUAUUACAGUACUCCUCAAUGGCCCGCGAGUCGCUUCUUUAUGAUAGGACAAAGGAUAGAAUUAACAUAACUACAAUGGUAAUUUUGAUAAAUUUCAUAAACUUUGAUCACUAGACAUAAAUAUACCAUUGUUUGUAUUUUGGCACAAGGUCUCCCAACAGCCACUUGCUGAUUGAGAUUCAGUGAACGGAGAAACAAAGAACACAACUUUGUCUUGCAUUCACAGUUUUCACAUUUUUCGGGUUUUAACAUUACUAUCAGGUAUAACAGAAAACAGUGUUAAUACUGAUUCAUCACAUUCUCUAGGCAAGAGAGUUCAGGGAAUACAGUACACUUUAUCAUAGAGGUGACCAUAAGUGAAAUAAACCUUUCACCAUCAGCUGUGUCUGAGGAAAAGUGUUUCAGGGACUCUUUCAGCCAACCACAAGACUGAAAACAAUGUAACUCCCACUUCAAAUGCCAAAGAAAUAUGUAAAUUAUUCUAUGACUCCAGGAUGAUCCUGGCAGAUCACUUAAAUUCUAAGAGAAUAUCAUCGACCACUAGGAUUCCAAAUGAAAUGCUAGUGACUGUAAAUCAGUGCAAGACUGUGGUAACUCUGUGGCAGGUCAAAAGUCCGGAGAGUUUGGAUUUGUUCCCAACACUCCAGGAAUACUGUAGACCUUAGGUAACCAGGUACCUCUGGGCUACUGAGAUGAUUGCACAAUAUUAACAAAAUAACAUUACAGUUGGACUGAUUACUAGGGUAAAUUUCUCAAUGUCAUAUACUUGAAGAGGAAGCUAUCAUAAGGCGUGCCAUAAAAGAAUAUUUAUGCCUGAGUAAGCAGCUUCCACAACAGAUCCAUGUCUAUGCUGAUUUUUUUUAGAGUACAGUUCAGUACAGUACAGCAUAAAACCCUGACAUAUUUAAAGAAUCAGUCAAUCUGGAGCUAAAAGAAUGACACUUGAAUGUUGGUUAAAAUUGGUAUAUAAUCUUAACUGGAGAACCAGGAAUUCUGCGAGCGAAAGAUAGACUCGUUAGGGUGGUGGACAGACACACAGAAGGUCUGCUAUUAUGCUGGGCGGUAAGAGGGCCUUGUAUCGCACUUCCUCAUAUAAACACACAUUCUUUCAUCAUGCACGACAUAACAUUUAUUUAUAUUUGCAAAUCAGAUUCGAUGUAACUUGCAUUCUCUGCUGCUUGAUGCCAGAUCUAAUCCAUUUUGGUCAAAUCCAAUUUAUUUUUUGAGUUAUAUACGUAAUGAAACUAGAGCGUUAUAUUAGGCAUGGAUUGUCAAGAAAAGUUUAUUAUAGCUUUACCAUUGUUAGAGGCAGCAUAUAUACACUGGAUUAAAUAUUCUCGGUAGUGCAGUCCCAUUUUAUACAGCCUGUUUUGUACAAGUCUUUCCUACUCAUGAACUCAUCUUCACAGCUGUCAUCUUACUAAAGCAGCCACUUAGAAUACAUGCCGGGUGGCCUCAGAAAUGGAUUACGGAUCAGUAGGAAAAUAUGUGACGCCCUUUGAUUGGCCAGAGAGAUGCUGUGUCUCUACGAAUGAGCGUCACAGAUAAUCCAUGUGAUUAUGACUUCUUUUUCUGGUCACACCCAAACGUCUACAAAGUUUGGCGAUUCUCACAAGCCAACGAGGAGGCCUUCUGUAACCCUCACCUUUUCCUGCAGCCCAUGUGUAGCCAGGGCCAGUCAGGUAGGCCCUUACGGCGACGUGACAGCCACACUUACCGGGCACCAGGGCAACCCCGCUAGCAAGCUCCGGGACCCGGCCAGGCUGCUCGUUCCCAUGUAGUCUUGUGGCGAGGACAGCAAUAUCCGACCUAAUGCUGAGUUCUCACGAGUUUCAUUUUUCUAUACACAUCACCUUAAAAAUUAGCCUUAUUGGAGGAUUCUCCCAGGUCUGUAAUAGCUGGCCUCGUCACAUGCUUUAGAGGAGUAAGCUGUUGUGCAGGUGUGGAGGUGGGGCCCCACUGGGUGAGAGUCGUCAAGUUAUAGCGUCCAGUUAGGUCUAUGCUCUCAAGGUUUUGUCCCGACACGGUGUGUGUAAGUUUUGUAAAUAUUACUUUGUAAGAAAUAUGCUUGUUAAGUCUGUAUUAUACUCAUAUAAAGACCAGUAUCUAGGACAUAUCAA